UGGACACGAAUUGUAAAUACAUAACAAAAUAUUUUCAAAAUGAUCAAUGAAUAUAACCUUACUUUUAUGUCAAAUUCUUUAUAUCUUAAUCAUAUCUUAAGAAUUAAUCUUCAUAUAUACUUUAUACGUAAAUUUUAGAGUUAAUCCAGAAAAAUUCUCACAAACGCAUAAUUCAUAAGAAGAGAAAAAUUGAUUAAUCGCGUUUAAUAUAAAGGGCGCUAUAUUAUUACGUUUUUUAUUUAUAUUACAAUGUUUUAACUGCAACAAUGGAUUUUAAUUGUUCCGAGAAUGAUUAAUAACAUCACGUGAUUUGCUUUGAAUUAUUAGUUAUAAUCAAAUUAAUUAUAAUUACAUUUAAAUAAUAGAUACUUAAUAGUUAAAAAGAUAUAUCAAAAAUCUAAUUACAUAGAAGUUAUUUCACAGUAAAUUUAUUAAUUUAAUAUUUUUCUUCGUCAUAUGCUUUAAAAAAACUUCAGACUUUUUAAUUCAUUCGAUUGAUUAGUUCCAUAAUACUGCUUUUACAAAGCAAAGUUAUAUUAGCAAAGUUAUAUUUGCGCAUAAUGCGAUUUAUCAAUUGAUGAAUUAAAAAACUCGUCUUUUAUGAUACAUUCAGUUUAAUCAAUCUUGAAUUGAUUUAAACUUAUAACAAUCGAAAACGCUAUUAGAUGCAAGAUUGAUUUUUUUAUACAUAUGCAUUAUGCAUCUGUAUAAAUUGGAUAGGUCUUUACUCCUUUACAUGAUUACACACACAUACAUAUACACACACAUACCACGCGCGCGCUCGCAACACAAUCCAUGUACAUCUUAUAUUUGUGUGGCAUUUUACAAAAAAAUGUUUCGGAUAAAAGUUUUGUGAUUUCGAAGGGGACAUAAGAUGAUAUUAUUGAUUUGACCUUGGAUAGUCAUUUGAAGGUCACAUAAAAAUCUUUUUCAAUUUCUUAGAAUGUGAAACAAUGAGGCAAAUGAGAAUCAACGCUGUUGACAAUAUUAAUUAGAAAAUGGAAGAUCAUCAUUAUAUUUUAAGUAAUAAUCAUAUAGACGAUUCUAUGAUAUAUGUUGAAGAUACGGAAUCUGCAAUUGAAAAUAUAGCUAGUGAACAGAAAGAUAAUGACGAUUAUCUUAUUGAAUUAUAUAAAGAACGAAGAUAUUUAUAUGAUCAUAAUCAUCAGGAUUUUAAGAAUAAAUUGAUAAAAGAAAAUGCUUGGAUUGAAAUUUCUGUUAUUAUGCAAGAAAAAAACCUAGGUAAGCAUUAUACUCCUGAAUAUUGUCAAACAAGAUGCACUUCUUUAAGAGAUCAAUAUAGUCGUGAAAAAAGAAAUACUAAAAGUGAAAGUAUUUAUUCAAAACGCAAAACAUUUGUAUUUUUUAGUCAACUGUCUUUUCUUGACAACUAUAUUAAAAAGAGAAAAACUUUUUCAACAAUUAAAAGAAAAAGGAACGCAUUUCGAUUUAUAAAAGAUAUAGAAGUAAACUCAAUAACUCUUGAAAAAUAUAGUAAUAAGUCUACUGAUAAAUCGGAGUAUAAACAACAUAAUGCUAUUAAACUAUCUCACAAAAGAAAUAUUAAUGUAUGGCAAGAUAUAUCUCAAGAUAUAAAAAAUUUUGAACAAAGUCAUGUUAACUAUAACAAAGAAAUAAAUGGUACCAGAUUAAAGAAUUGUAAAAUUGAUCAGUCAGUAAAUACUGAUGAUACAUUCAUAAAUAACAGUAUGACUUUUCAUGAAAGUGUGAAAAAAAAUACUACAGAAACAAAAACGGUUGAUCAAUCAUUUGCUGAUUAUGUUCGUGUACAUUUGGAAAAUAUUCCUGAAUCGCCUGAAAAAUUAAUAAGAAGAAAAAUGAUAAUUGAUGCUCUUUCUGUACCAUUACCCAAAACGUAAUAAUAUAUUGUAUUUUUUAAAUUUCCUUUUAAUAAUAAAGAUGCUUUCAAUUUUAUUAUUUAGUAAUUUAUAUUUAAAAAAUAUUAUAAAUUGUCCUUUGGGAUUAUGCUGAUCUUGAAAUAUAUUGAAAUAUAUUGAAAUAUAUUGAAAUAUAUUGAAAUAUAUUGUUAUAUUCUCAUUAAUUUAUAAUAAAGCCAUUUGAUAUAACUUAAGCAUUUGC